AUGAUUGUUUUACCUCCAUUUUUCUCAUUUGGGGGCAUGGAAAAUCCUUGUAUGACUUUUGUAACUCCAACAAUAAUUGCCGGUGACCGUUCAUUAACGACCGUUGUUGCACAUGAAAUAGCUCAUAGCUGGACUGGAAAUUUAGUUACAAAUGCUUCUUGGGAACAUUUUUGGUAA